AUGUUCUAUAGCGAAUAAUAAAUUCCCCACUGCGAUGACUUAAUAAGUGGCCACUCGAGUAAGGGAAAGUAUUGGCGAGCCUUCGCUUGUAGCGACCGCGUCGUCCAAGGUGACUAACAUUACUUAAUCGGUGUCUACAUCAUGAAGGUGCUGAGUGUGUUGUGUGUUUUCGCUGUGAUAUCGCAAUGCGUAUGCGCACCCUACGAUCCUGAGGAUGAGGUAUUAAAGACAGUGCUGCCUUCGAAUGGGCAAUUCGAGGCUUUCUACCCAAGAGUAGCGCACGGCGUGCCGAACGGGUCAUCGCGACCUGCGCAUGGUCAUGGUAGCUUCUACAAACACCGUAACCCUGCAUUGGUUGAUGUUAAAAACGCAGCCGCUUACGGAUUCCGAUUCGAUGGUGGGAGGAGAUUCAAUUUCGAUGACGAAUAAACAUAUAUAUUUAUUAAAUAAAUGUUUUGUUGUGUGCUA